UCCUGUUUUUUUCCUCCAUUGAUUGCCUCCAUCUCUUCCUCUCUGCGCAUUUGCCGUAUUGCCCAUCUCCUCCUCUUCAUUAUCUUCUUCUUCUUCUUCUUCUUCGUCGUCGUCGUCGUCGUCGUCUUCCUCCUGCUGGUCUUCUUCUCUGGUUCGGCGACCUCUCUGACGUCUCCCCACCCCCUUCCUUGUGGGUUCCUUCGGUUUCUUUCUUGUUCGGAACAAGAUUCGAGUUCUUGUGCGCCUCCCCCGCCCCCCCACCCAUUUCGCGGGCCUCGCUUAGGGUUUCGAUCGCCCCGGCCUCCAAUUCGACAACCCGCGAUUUCUCCUUCUCCCCCACUUGUUUCGUCGUGUUCCGCACCGGUUUCGCUCCUCUAGGGUUUCCUUGUUGAUUAGGAAGGAGAAGGGGGUCGCGUAGCCCUUUUGCUUUUGUGCUUUCUUACUUCGCUUUUUGAUUUUCCGGGUCCCUUUUUCGACUGAUUCAUUUGGGCCGUUGUCUGUUGGCGAUCUCUCUCUCUCUCUCUCUCUCUCUCUCUUGGCGGAGUGGGUGCCGAUAAAUUUCGCGGCUUUGGCUGCGGCGGUUUUUUUUUGGUUGGUUGCCAUCUGGAUUCGGAUGUUGCGGGGAUUUUUCUUGUAGGAUAGCAGAAUUUCCUGCUGCUGAUACUUCCGGGGAGAAAUUGAUUCUCUUCGGUUCUCUAUUGAACUCGUUGGGGAUAGCGCUCGUUUCUGCCUCUUUUUCCCGUUUUCUGGGUAAUUUUUUGGACCUCUGUGAGGAAGCACCGCGACGAUUUCUGGGGUGGUUGGGGAUUUGCGGAUUGAGUUUGGCGUAAAAGGGAAGUCUUUGGGCGUGUAUGGGCAAGCAUGGGGAGAGUGCACAGCUGCCAAAUGGGCUAUUGCCCAAUGGACUGUUGCCUGGUGAAGCAGAAUCCGUCGUUCGGAAGCUCGACCCGGAGCGGUGGUCGAAGGCUGAAGAUCGAAUUGCAGAGCUCAUUGCGUGCAUUCAGCCCAACCCACCCUCCGAGGAGCGCAGAAAUGCGGUCGCCACAUACGUGAGCGGUCUCAUCACAAAGUGCUUUCCUUGUGAGCCAUCUUUAUUUCAGGUUUUCACUUUUGGCUCUGUACCACUGAAGACUUAUUUGCCAGAUGGAGACAUUGACUUAUCCAUAUUUAGCAGUAGUCAGGACCUAAAGGAUACAUGGGCUCAUCAGGUUCGUGACAUGUUGGAGAGUGAGGAAAAACAUGAAGACGCCAAGUUUCAUUUUCGUGUUAAGGAGGUCCAGUACAUUCAGGCAGAAGUGAAGAUAAUAAAGUGUCUUGUAGGGAAUAUUGUGGUAGACAUAUCAUUUAACCAGCUUGGUGGGCUGUGUACCCUUUGUUUUCUUGAAGAGGUUGAUAAUUUGAUAAACCAAAGUCACUUGUUCAAACGUAGCAUUAUCUUGAUAAAGGCCUGGUGCUACUAUGAGAGCCGUAUACUUGGUGCUCACCACGGACUUAUUUCCACUUAUGCUCUGGAAACCUUGGUUCUGUACAUAUUUCAUGUUUUCAACAAUAACUUUGCUGGACCUCUUGAGGUGCUUUAUCGUUUUCUUGAGUUCUUUAGCAAGUUUGACUGGGACAAUUUUUGUGUAAGCUUGCGGGGUCCUGUACAUAUUAGUUCACUUCCAGAUGUAACAGCUGACCUGCCAAGGAAAGACGGUGGAGAUUUAUUACUGAGCAAAGGGUUUCUUGACGCUUGUAACUACGUCUAUAGUGUUUACCCGAUUGGUCAAGAAAAUCAGGGUCAACCUUUCAUUUCUAAACAUUUUAAUGUUAUUGACCCCUUGCGGGUGAACAACAACCUUGGGCGCAGUGUUAGUAGAGGUAAUUUCUUUAGAAUACGCAGUGCAUUUGCAUUUGGAGCUAAGAAGCUUGCAAGACUGCUUGAUAAUGACUUCCCUAAAGAAGACAUACUCUUUGAAAUAAACGAGUUUUUCUUGAACACUUGGGAGAGACAUGGUAGUGGCCAUCGUCCUGAUGCACGAAGGGAUGACUUGCGGUGGUUAAGAUCGUCAAAUGCUGAAAGCUUACAACGGUCCGAAAAUUUGCGAAGCAAUUCAACUGGCAAAAAGAGUGAGAGUAUCUCAGUUCAUGAAAGUCAUUCUGAAAGUGCUCAUGGUCCUCGUGGUGUGUCUUCUCAACAUUUAAAUCAUAUAUCGGAGAGUGCGUCUAGAAGAAGUGACAGAAGAAGUGACACUUUAACCAUAUCUCGUACCCCAAGUCAGAAGAAUCAUGUAAACGUAGACCACUUAAGGGUAGCAGAUAAUAACAGACGGGAAACAAACUUGAAGCAAGCCACAAGCAUUGAUAAGGAUCAGAGAAGUUCUAGAGCAGAUGGCUUGGUGAAUGACAUUCAAGGAAGAUUCCUUUUUGCGCGAACACAUUCUAGUCCUGAGCUGACUGACGCAUACAGUGAAGGGUCUUCCCAAGGAAGGUUUAAUAGAGGGCCUGAUGGUGGAAAAAACCAGACCACGUCUGCAAGAUUGGAUAAUAGCAGGAGGAAGAUUUUGGAAACUGAUGGUACGAGCCUAGACAUUUCGUCGUCAGCUGAUGUUUCAGCAUUGGUCGGGCAUUCCUCAAUUCAGCAAGACGUGACUACUGACUCAGACAGUUUAAAUAGUUACCAUGAUGAUGGUAUUCGGUUAGGUGUCAGGGGUGAAAGUUUUGCUUCUGUCUCAGGAUCACAAGGAUUGCAUCACGAAGAACAAGAUUUUGUUAACAUGAUGUCAUCUUCUCAAGCACAUGCUUAUAAUGGACAGGUUCACAUGCCUCUAAAUUUGUCUUCUGGCCACUUGCCGCUGAAUUUAAUUCCAAUGGGGUAUGCGCAGAGAAAUAUCCCUGGAAUGAUUCCUUCAAAUAUUCCAUUUGAGAGUCCCUGGUUAACGAAUAUUUCAUUUCCUCCUGGAUUGGUCUCUCCUUCAUUAGCUCACUAUUUCCCUGAUAUCAGCUUGGGCAUAAAUCUGGAAGAUUCCAUAGAACCUAGCGAACAAAAUCUCGGUUCCAAAGAUGCAAAUCUUGUUGAAGUUAAUGGUGAAUUCUGGCGCGAGCAAGAGAGGGAGCUAACUGGAGGUUUCGAUUUAGGUAAUGGAGAUGUUCAAUCUCUUCAGUCGGAUGAUCAGCAACAGUCAACUUCGACGUCUUACGGCUUUGCUCCUUCAUCUAGGGAAGGCAACUCUAGCACUUAUCCUAGAGUACAUCAGAAGUCUGCUCGGGAAAACCGAGGGUCGUCUAGGGAAGAUAAACUAAAUGCAAUUCAACAUCAAGGUGGUAGAGAAAAUGAGGUUUACAUGGAUGACAGGUCUGGAAGUUUGAGGUCCUUGCGAGCUACUCUGAGUAGUUCUAGAAGUAAGACUUCUUCAGAGAGCUCUUGGGAGGGAAUUUCAACGAAGUCGUCGAUGUCAACAAGAGAGAAAAGAGGUAGGAAAACUGGUCCUGGUGCCUUUCCAUCUAGUACAUAUGGGAAAGGGAAAAGCUUAUCAGAGAAUUCCUCUGCUCAGGCAGAUGAUGAUUCUAUGGACUUGAACCUUUCUUCAAGUAUUGGACAUGAACUAAUGGAAAGAAGCGCAGGACCUCACCCUGUUGAUUCUGGGCAUGUUCCGACACAUCAAUUGCCUGGGUUUGAGCCAGCUCAAACUGGUGGAACAGAUUCCAUGAUACCAAUUCUCCUGGGCCCUGGUUCUCGCGAAAGGCCCAUGGACAAUUCUCGGGUUUAUGCAUUUUACCCUACAGGGCCCCCAGUUCCAAUUCUUCUUUUUCCUCAUAUGCCAAGCGAUGGUGGCAGUUCAGAUGCAUCAACGAGCCAUUUUAGUGUGGAAGAAGUGCUAGAUAAUAACGACACUGGCCAGAAUUUUGAUUCAUCUGAGGGACUGGAUCAUCCGGAGGCAUUGAAUACUUCUGUCUCUGUUGGACCAUCAGUCCCUGUUGAGCCAUCUGAGCACAAGUCUGACAUACUUAACAGUGACUUUGCAAGCCAUUGGCAAAAUCUGCAGUUUGGACGACUUUGUCAAAACUCUCACUGCCCUACUCCUAUGCUCUAUCCGUCACCCAACGUCUUAUCCCCUAUAUGUUUGCCAGGCCAUUUUCCAUGGGAUGGAGCUGGAAGACCACUCUCAGCAAAUACUAAUGCCUUUAGUUAUGGGCCUCAUCUCGUUCCAGUUUCCCCAGUUCAACCUAUUUCUAAUGGACCUGCCAGUAUUUACCAUGUUGACGAAAUGCCAAUAUAUCGUAGUGGUGGGACAGGGACUUACCUGCCAAGUCCUAAGGUUUCAGCGAGGGAGCGGCACUCGUCCAACACAAGAAGGGGGAAUUACAGCUAUGACAGAGUGGAUCACCAUGCUGAUAGAGAAGGGAACUGGAAUGUUGCUUCUAAAUCCAAACCUUCACGCAACCAUAAUCGCAAUCAGUCCGAGAAAUCUAACUCAAGGCCGGAUAGAGUGGCAGCAGGUGAUGGCCAGUCUGAAAGACCAUGGGGCUCAUAUAGACAUGGAUCAUUUUCUUCGUACCAUUCUCAGAAUAGUCCCAUCCGCACGACUACAACACAAGGUGGUCCGGCCAAUGUAGGAUAUGGCAUGUACCCGCUUCCAGCCAUGAAUCCAACCAUCCUAUCAUCAAAUGGACCUACACUGCCACGUGUCAUGAUGUUUUACCCUUACGGUCAUAAUUCUGCAUACGCUUCUUCAUCAGAGCAGCUUGAGUUUGGCUCUAUUGGAACAGUGGGUUUCUCAGGCAUGAAUGAUGCGUCUCAACUGAAUGAAGGAAGCCAUUCUAGCAGUAUAAUGGAGGAACAAAGAUUUCAUGGAACUCCUGCCUCACAAUCUCCACCAGAUCAGCCGUCUUCACCCCACCUCCGGAGGUGAUCAAUUUCCUUAUUAUUGGAGCAGGCACUAUGUUUCAAGAUAUUGAAAUUGAGGGACUGCAGCUGGCAUUUUACUUGACGGUCUAGCUCUUGUCGGUAUCCCUGCUUGCGUAGAGACCAUUCAUCUUGCUUGUUUGACUAUUAAAGCAAUGGUGGCGACAAAUCUCCCUUUUUGCAGAGGUUGGACCACCACUCUUCAACACCUCUUUUGACUGUUCCAUGAUGCCAUCAUCUGUAUCAUCUUCACCGCGAGCCCUGGUUAAUUUGCUCGAUCCAAAGUUGAGCGAAAAUGGUCUCUUAGUCUCUGCAUUUUUUCGUAUGAAGGUAGGUUCUGAAUGGAGAAAAUGCAAUGAGAAAUUUUACCCAAUGAAGUUUCAUCCUCCCCCUUUGUCGUGACCGGUCGAUUAUCUUCCUCUUCGGCGAUGACCAUCUGAGAGAGAACCAAGGAGUUGAGGAAGAAAUCGGGUUCCACACUGCAUCUGUUUGAAGGACAAUGCAGAAGGGUGGAAGGGGAGAGACUGCGGUCAGGGAGUAGAUUUCCAGUUUAGGUUUACACAUUUUACAGCUAGUUGAGUAGUAUCAUCAACUUUGUUUUGAAAGGGUAUUUUGCUAUUACAGGAAUGUACAAGUUUGUUGAUUAGUAGGCAAUGGACGUAGGUUUCUCUCGCA